AUGUCCGCCACAAAGACCUCCAUCGUGGAAGAAGCAGGCGUUUCUUCCACGCCAGUUAAGCAGAGCUUCGGUGCACGAGUCGCAGCCCACUUUAAGAAAUGGUGGUGGGCGCAUUUGAUCGUUUUUGUGAUUUCAGUCUUGGUUAUUGUGCUCCCUGUUGUUUAUGUCGGAUACCCGAAAAUUGCUCAAGAUGCCGUUAAUGACUCUACUCUUGAUAUCAAGGAGAUGGUGAUCAGUGAUCCAACACCUGACUCUUUCCACCUCAGUCAGAAGCAGAUUCUGGGCUCGGAUAGCUCGUACCACCCGCAGAUCUUUGCAUUCGAUGCCGCGGUCUCGCUGGGCGGUGGAGCGGCGCCGUUUACGACGGUGACCGUCCCCGGCGUCAAGUCCAACGAUGGUGUCGAGAUCAACGUUGACCAGGACGUUGAUCUGUCGGAUUCCGAUGCCUUCGGCGACUUCGCUACCGCUGUUAUGAUGAAGAAGGAGGUCUUGCUUAACAUUUACGGACGCCCGAAAUUGCAGCAGGGGAGUCUGCCCAAGACCACGGUCACCUACAACAAGACCGUUGCUAUGAAUGGCCUAAACCAACUCGAGGGCUUCGCCGUCUCUGAAUUCCACAUCAUGAUCCCCUCAGUCAACGGAUACAACAUGAAUGGAACAGUCUUGAUCCCCAACCCUUCCGUCAUGACAAUCACGAUGGGUAACCUAUCCCUCAACCUAGCCGUUGACGGCAAAGCCAUGGGAACGACCUAUCUGAACGACCUCGUCCUCAAGCCAGGCAACAAUACUGUCCCCAUGCUGGCCAAAGUAGACCAAAGCGCUGUCAUUGGCCUGCUUACUUCGAGCAGUAAUCCAUACAAGGAUGGGAUUGUGCCCUUUGAUAUUACGGGCAACUCGAGCACAUACAACGGCAAAGAACUGCCGUACUUCACCAAGGCUCUUUCGGCUAAUAAGCUCACUGUCAAGUUGGAUGUUGGUGCUGCGCUGAAGGAGAUUGGAUUUAAUUUGAUUAAAUCGGCCUUGGGUGUUUAG